AUGCCCUCUCAUCGCCCUAACCUCCCGCCACCUCCCCAGCCAACGCGGGAGAUUUUCGACCCAUUCAAUUCGUCGUCGACAGGUCACCAGCGCGCAGAGAAUCGUUUGUCCGGAAGCAUAUCAUGGCGCGACUCACGUGUUCACAAGUUAUCGCAUCAACUGCGCGAUUCGAGCGGCCGUGGCGGCGCACACCAUGUCUCGGAUCUAGUUGGUGCGGGAAGUGAAAAUUUCGGCAAAGAUGGACGCAAGGAGAAUGGUGGUUGGGAACCUGGGGCGCCGGGGUUGCGGGAACGGGGGUGGCAGGAUAUUCGGACACUAAUGGAUGGGAGUCGCAAGAGGCAAAAUCCUGAUGGUUCUGACUGCAGCAAUAAAAGGCAAAAGACGGUUUCGAAUGAGGUUCAGGUUGGCCUGGAUGACGAGCAGCAGACGCCCACGACUGCGGUGGUGGCAUCUUCAGCCGAAAAGGAAAAAGGUUUGGCAGAUGCAAAGCCUCCUCCGCCUCAAAUCUUCCGCAAUCUAAACAUCUACCUCAACGGCUCUACCGCACCCUUAGUUUCAGACCAUAAGCUCAAACAGCUCUUCGCGCAACAUGGAGGCAACUCAUCCAUCAAUCUGGGCAGACGGACGGUGACGCAUGUGGUUGUCGGAAACACUUGUGGUGGCGGGUUGGCGUCGGGCAAGAUUCAAAAGGAAGUUUCUCUAAUAGGCGGCAAGGGGGUCAAAUAUGUCACUGCACAGUGGAUUUUGGAUAGUGUGGAGAAAGGGAUUCGGCAGCCUGAGAGCAAGUAUGCGCCGGAGAAGACUUUGAAGGGGAGAAUUGGGGGAAGUGGACAGGCGAGUGUGAAGGCUAUGUUUAUGCCGAAGGCGAAAUGA